AUGGUUGCACCUAGCCUGCGGACCUUUCCUCCUUUACCCAUUUCGCUGGCUGCCCAUGGCGCCGCGGAGCAGCAAUGCAUUUGGAGGGGCCCUCUCCGUUUUUUUGAAGCAGAAGAGCUGUUGAGCAGCAGCAGCAGCAGCAGCAGCAGCGGCAGCGGCAGCAGCAGCAGGAGCGGCGACAGUGCUUGGGCGGCGAACGCCUCCCCGGUGCUGGACUCCUGCCUUGCUGCUGAUGAGGGCCAGGCAGCAGCAGCAGCAGCGGCAGCGAAUGGGCAGCUGACUGCAGCAAACACAGCAGCAACAAAGGAUACAAGAGAAGCUAGAGCGGCAGCAGAGGUUGCUGCUGCUGCUGCUAAGCAGCAGCAGACGGCCCAGAGCCGCAUCGGAGUUCCCGGGGGCCCGGCAGCAGCUGCGAAGGGGUCGUCGUUCGCCGCUGCUACUGGUGCUGCUGCUGCUGCUACGGCUGUUGCUGCUGCUGAUGCAGCAGCAGCAGCAGCUGCAGCAGCAGCGGCCGGCGACUUUGCCCCGGCGGGAAUUGCCGCUGCUGUCAGUGAGCAGCGCCGCCGCAGCAGCAACAGCACAAGCAGCACAACUGUGACCAGCGCGAGCGACGGCAGCAGCAGCAACAACAGGAGCAGCAGCAGCAGGAGCAGCAGCAGCAGCAGCUAUCUCUGUCCACCCCCACCCUGCCUGCGGCCGCAGCCCCCCCCAGACUUAUCUAUGGAAGAUGAAGAAAUGGAUUUGCUGCUGCUGCCGCGGCUGAAGUAUGCGUGGGAAGACACGGAAGAUCCUUUCUGCUGCUGCUGCUUGCUGCAGUCUGCUGCAGCAGCAGCAGACAGCAGCAGCGCGGAAAAGCCAUCGGCAGCAGCGGUAGCCAUGCAUGGGCUCUCGCAGCAACUCAGUGAAGCACUGGCCAAGUGCAUGGGCUGA